AUGGUCACUGUUUAUGGUGCCGUGGUCGACUCAGCCACGCGGUGUGUUCAUUACCAUACCGACGUGGACAUUAUAGCGAUCAAAUUCAAGUGCUGUGGACGCUAUUUUCCAUGCUUUCAGUGCCAUAAUGAAGAAAGAGGCCAUGAAGUGGAGAGGUGGAACUGGAAAGACCUAGAAAACGAAGAAGUGGUUCUUUGUGGCUCGUGCAAGAAGGAAUUGACGUUUUCAGAGUAUAACGAUGGCCAGGCCCAGUGUAAGUUCUGCCUGGCUCAGUUCAACCCCAAAUGCGCUUUACACUAUGACUUGUACUUUGACUUGAAGAAGGAAACACAAUAG